AUGAGCUUGGCGGUGUCAGGGCAUUCGUGGGGCGGAUGCCUGACAUCAGCACACGCAGAUGACUCUGCAAGCCGCCGGUUCUCCCUGCCCAGAAGGGGUCCGGGCUGGCAGCGCUUUGCUACGCUUUUCCUGGGCACAGCGCUUGUGUGGGGACGCCAUGGCCUCCUCGGCCUUGCGCUGAUGCUGCCUGGGGGCGUCAAGCUGCCCCCUCCGGCCCCGCUCGCAAUGCGGCAGAGGACCACAAAGCUGCGAGACCCGGAAACAGGUUUUCGGCGACCACCGCCCAAAGAAGCUGACUUUGCCCUUGAUAUCUUCCAGCGGACGUUUCCUCGAGUCAACACAGAGGAGCACAUCCUAAUCCGCCGAUGGGAGGAUAUGGUAGACAUCUUCGGAAGCCCGGAACUCGUCAACCAGUUGAUAGAGGACGAGCCCUCGAUCCUCCGAAUGCCUCGGCGAACUGCGCGGAACGCCCUCCACCUCCUAAGCAUCUACUUGGGGGAGGAGGCGGCGAAGGAAGCGGUUUUCGAAUGCCCAUAUCUGCUCACGAAGAACUCGAAGCUCAUGCGUGCGACGCUCCCGGCGCUCAUCAAUGUGCUGGGAUCGCGGAGGCGGCUGCGAGAAGUCAUCGCCAAGUAUCCUCAGCUGACCAAUCUGCCUGUGGGCGACUUCUACAAGGCGAUGGGCGACAUGACCGCGGUAAUGGGCAGCACGGAGGCAGCCAUGGCCGUUGCCAAGGAGGCCAUGGACCGCGUGGCUCGCUCUCCCUACGUCUCUGCAGUGCCAGGAGGUUACCCCGUGCUGAUCGCCAUCUUCGGGAACCUGGAGGAGGCGCACAAAGCCAUAGCCCAGGAGCCGCUGCUGCUGAAGUGGUAUGGUGAGAACUUUCUGGGCCGGCUUGGAACUCUUCGCCAGCUCCUGGGAAAGGAGGGAGCCCAGAACGCCGUGAGAAAGGCGCCCUACCUUCUGCUAGAGGAGAACCAGCGCAAGUCUCGAAAAUUCGAGUUGGCUUUCGAAGCUGUGGAGAACUUGUUUGGUACCGAGGAAGCCCAACAGAUAGUCGGAGAUAGGCCGGAGCUUUUGGCCCUUGGGUGGAAGCUCCACCGGGCCCUGCGCUUCGCAGAGCGACGCUUGGGCUCCCGAGAGAAGGUCCGUGACAGGUUCGAUGCCAUUCUGGAGCGCACUGGCUUGGCUGAGCACCUGAACUGGGAGCGGAAGCAGCGGCCUCGCAAUGGCCUCUGGACCCCGAAGCUGCGGAUGCACAACGGCUACCCGCUGAACCACGGCCCCUGGUCACCCUACACGAACCCUUUGGGUAAGGGAGGCCCAGCUCGGGGGCCUUGGCAAGACUUCACGGAGGAUGAAGAGGAGUCAGAAGACGCUGUCGAAGAGAAAGUUGCUGCAAGCUGA